AUGCACGCCUGGGAGCAGGAAGGGAUAUCAAGUCCCGAUAUCCAGACUAUUGGAAAGGCACUAGGCGGUGGAUUUGUUCCCUUAUCAGGCGUAUUAGUCCACGAGAAGAUAUUCGGGGUUAUUGAGGCCAGGUCUGGUCGCCUACUCCACGAGCACACUUUCCAGGCUCAGCCCGUGGCCUGCGCCGCUGCUGUCCAGGUGCAGCGCAUCUUUCAACGUGACAACUUGCUCGACAAUGUGCAGAAGAUGGGCAGCAUCCUCGGCGCGCAACUGCAUCAACACAUUGCACCACGGCCAUUUGUGGGAAACGUAAGGGGGCGCGGGCUGUUCUGGGAUGUCGAGUUCAUGCAAGAUCCAGCGAACAUGGUGCCAUUUCCGGUCGGGACGCAGUUCUGCGCUCGAGUGCUGGAACUCUGUCUCGAGCUGGGCUUGAGCAUCUUGGGGAAUCUCGGCGUGACGAGUAAAGUGUACGUGGAUCAUCGUAGCGAUGUGUCUAGUGAUUUCACUGUGUGUUUAAUCCUAAAAUGUGAUCUCUACCUACCUGGAUAG